AGUGUCCUUUCUUGAAUUCCUGUCGCUGUCAUCCAACUACAACCUCGGCUGUGGCUGCUGAAGACGAAAAUUUAUAACACCAGGGUACCGAUGCGAACAGGCGGAUAAGACAGCGUGUCGCUGGUUGUUGAUAACGUCUUAUUACACGGUAACGUAGUGAUGCAAUGAGAGAAACCGAGCGAGGCUUGGACAGCGCCGUUAAACCGGUAAAACCGACAGCGGACUCUCCAGCCGCAAAGACUUCACUGACUUCAGACUAAAAAAAACACAACCUGCGAUGUUUUUACAUUUCCCAGUCUCCUGAGAGCUGCAGAAGACAUCCGAAAGCAAUAGCACCACAUUGAGCCGCCAUCAGGAGUCACAAACAUACAAAGGCUUCACACUCCAGCUCAGCAGACAGACAUCAUGUCUUCCAGGGAGCGUCGGUCAGAUGUCUACAUAAAGGCUGAACCCAGCAGUCCAGAGGGAGGCGGGGGAGGUCGGACCAGCCCGGGCGGGGCCUCCUCAGACUCCUCUCAAAGUGGAGGUGGAGGAACCAGAGGAGACGGCGCUAAACGUUACUCGCCACCUCUCUACACGCCUGCUCUGCGCUGCCACUUCAAAGACGAGGCCGGAGACGGGCCAGAGGAGGGCUCCACCGGAAACGGAGCGGGACGAUGCAAGUACGCCCUGAGCACGUUACCCAAGAGGUUGUGUUUGGUGUGCGGAGAUGUGGCGUCAGGUUACCACUAUGGCGUGGCGUCGUGCGAGGCCUGCAAAGCGUUCUUCAAGAGAACCAUCCAAGGUGGGUGCAGAGGUAACAUUGAAUACAGCUGUCCAGCAUCAAAUGAGUGUGAGAUCACCAAAAGGCGCAGAAAGGCUUGUCAGGCAUGUCGCUUCACCAAGUGCCUCAAAGUAGGCAUGCUGAAAGAGGGAGUUCGUCUUGACAGGGUCAGAGGAGGAAGACAAAAGUACAAGAGACGUCCCGAGGUGGAGAAUGCAACAUACCAGAGUGCCCCUCUACCACUCACAAAGGAGAGUGAAAAAGGUUCCUCCAACAUCAUCGUGUCCCACCUUCUAGUGGCAGAGCCAGAGAAGUUAUUUGCCAUGCCUGACCCUCUGCAGCCCGACACAGCCCAGCGCACGCUCACCACCCUGUGUGACCUUGCUGACCGAGAGCUGGUCGUUAUCAUCGGCUGGGCCAAACACAUUCCUGGUUUCCUGUCGCUAUCCCUGGCAGACCAGAUGUCCGUGUUGCAGUCGGUGUGGCUGGAGGUGCUGGUGCUGGGUGUAGCUUACCGCUCUCUUGGCUGCGAGGAUGAGGUGGUGUUCGCAGAGGAUUUUGUCCUUGACGAGGAGAUGUCACGUGUUGCAGGACUGACGGAGCUAAACGCAGCAAUUAGUCAACUUGCCCGCCGUUUCCGUGCACUAAACGUGGACCGGGAGGAAUUUGUCAUGCUAAAAGCCAUCGCACUCACAAACUCAGACUCUGUUUACAUCGAAGACAUGGAGGCUGUGCAGAAGCUGCGGGACCUUCUUCAUCAGGCCCUGCUGGAGCUGGAAUGUCAGCGGCGCCCAGACGACCCCCAACGGGCAGGACGCCUCCUUUUAACAUUGCCUCUCCUCCGACAAACUGCUGGUCGGGCUUUAACCACUUUCUACAGCAUCAAGACCCGUGGUGGUGUACCCAUGCACAAACUAUUCCUGGAGAUGCUGGAAGCCAUGAUGGACUCUCCCUAGAGCAGAAAGCAGCUGAAUCAGAUGAGGAUGCAGUGGGAGGAAAGACCCAACAGAGGUCUAGACUCGAUGAGUGGUUUGUGAGACAUGGAAGAUUUUAUUAUAGAAUUAAUAAUAAGGGAGAUAACCCUUUUUCCCUUUUUUUAUAGGCUACACAAACUAAAAAAUAAUGAGAAAAGAGAAGCUCAUGUAAUCAUGGGAAUGGUUAUUUACAGUAAGAUGUAACUGCCAAACUACAGCAAGAGGCUCCAAGAGUGCAAACAUCUAACAGAAAUGCCAGAACUCUGCUCAGUUUCAACUGUUUUAAUGAUGUGUUUCACCACAGCACCAAUCUGCAGUUGCAUCAACACUGAAGGAUGACAUUUAGGUACCCCAGAACAGACUGAAACAGCGUGGCUUUGGAACUUUUUUAAAUUAAUGCAACAUCUGCUCAUAAAAGCCAUAGUAACAUACUCGGGGGGGGUGACUUGAGGGUCCAGUAAAGGGUCACGUGGACAUGCACAUGGAGGGCUUAUAUUUACUAUAGUUUAGCGUGCCGUUGUAGGCAAAUCCAUAGGAAUUACUUGCAAUAUGUUAAAGCAAUAUAAUGACUCAAUUAUUGUCUGUCACAUUCAAAAUGUGGAUAAAGUGGAGAUACAACAAGUAGUAUGUGUAUAUCAGUAGUUCUCAACUCUCAGGGCCUCAAAAUGUUGACUUUUGUAAAUUCUAGCUUCUAGUAGGUACAGGUUUGGAUCAAGGAUACCAGCCCAGUAGAAUUAGAGAGAAAAGUACUGUUAGUUUUUGAGUAAAACCUGGAGUUGGGAAUCACUGGUGUACAGAGCAGGUGCAGGAUUCUUUAUAAAAGGUUGUGCAAUUGAUUUUCAGUCCAGGAGUAGACGGUGUACUCAAAAUAUUCUCCACUCGGAAAGAAGUUCAGUGUUGUGUGUAAAUUGGCACACAUAAAACUUGCUUUCUGACAAGCAAGUGUGUGCGUUUGUGUGCAGUCUAACUCAAUGAGCUGCACUGAGAUCAGGGAAGAACACAACUCUUUGACAUGAUAGCCAGUGUGGCAACUACGGUCCUUAGAAAAGAAAUGCAUAAACUUCAUCUGCUUUUUUUUAAUACCGUUCCCCUUCUUUAGAUCUUACCACUAUUUUUGGCUUCAGCAGCUGUGCUGUGAAAAAAGGAAAGGUCUGACUUGUCUGAUCUGUGGACUAUAACUUCUAAUACUAACCUAAAUGACUGAUAGGUGUGUGAUGAUAGUUUGCUGCAUUUUUUGCAGCAGUGAAGAAUGUUGCAUUAAAGGUCUCAGUUGGUUCAAUAUGAGAUCUGUCAUUUGUUUAUGUGCAUCUGUUGAACUUUAAUUUGAAAGUGCCCAUUGUGGGCUAAAGAAAGACAUGACACAUAUGCAACAUCUUUCUUUUGGGUGUUAAAACGUUUGGCAACAUCCUGGCAGUCAUACUCAUAGUUCAGCAGGUCUGUAUACUUAACUAUAGAAACGAUCAAUACAGUGAGCUUCAAAUGCAAUGUAAGGCUACAGUAUCUGAUGUCUGACAGAUCCAUAAGAAUAUUUAGUGGCCAUUGGCCUAUUAAACUUUUAGCCAUGUACAGUUCCAUUUAAAUAAACAGAAACAUGCAAUUUGUAGUGGAAGAUAAUAAAGCCAGCAAAUGUGAUACAAAUUCCCCAUUUCAAUUACAUUUGUGCAGCUUACAGUGUUCUGAAAUUUGUAAAGACUUGAAACUUGCUUUUUCAUACAUUUUCCUUUCUAGGAUUUAAGGGUAUUUUAUUUACUUGUGACACUGUUGUGGGUUUGGUAUUAAAAUGAAGCUUUCCAUUCAGGACAUUAUGAAUACUAAUUGUUUUUAUUUUGAUGUAAGACGUGGUGUGUUUUCUGAAGCUGAUUGUAGGGAUCAUUUAACACGGCAAAUAUUUAGCAGCAUGGUGAGGUUACAGAGGGCUACCUCAGGAGGCACAGUAAGCCAGAUGGCCAAAAAACUGUGGAGAUAAAAGUUAUCAUUGAUCUUUUGAUUUGUCAAUCUGAAUAUUGGUUUUUAUUGAAUGUCUUGCAGGUGCGCAACCGUUUGAGAUGAUUCUUUUUCUCUUAGUUUUCAUAAUGUUAAGGUGUAUACGACUCAGUAAUCAGGUUUUAGAAGAUGCCCCAUGGUACAAAGUGUCUCGCACUGAGAGGCAAAAUGACAGUCGUUGGUUUUACAGGAAUAAUGAUGCAGCUAGAAAACACUGGAGGUCAGUUCACAUCGCAAAAUAUUCACACAGAUGUUUUUUACUACAGCUAGCACGGUGGAGCAGGGACUGAUAUCUCUGACUCACCUUGUUUUCAUGGUUACAACAUAAAAUAUUAAUGUCAUCAAAAAACGAUAUUUGAUCUCUGAUGUGCUUACUAACCUACGUUCUCUAACAGUAAACUAAACUGAGGCAAACAAAAAAUGUGGAUGCCUUCGUCACUUUAGGGCUGUUAAAGUUUCUUGAUAUUUACCUGAUCAUUGAAAUAAAGUUAGCUUUCUCAUUAGCAUACAAAUAUGUUUUAGGUACAGUGGGUUAGGGUGAAGGCAGGGUCAUUUGCAGUGUCACUGUUAAAAUUAUAUAGUCAUUUGUAGUUUUAUGAAAUAUGUGCGCAUUAAUAUAAAUGAGCAAUACAAUAAAUUACCAAACCUCACACAUUUCCUUGUAUAGCCACGAUGUACAUUUAACAUUGCCAGUUAUAAUGAAGAAUAGCUACUAAACGUUCUAUUAUUUAGAGGUUCAAAUCAAUGUUUGUAUUUUGAAAGACUAUUUAAAUGAUUAAAUUCUAUUUUUUACUCAAUUUACUGUUGUUUGUUGACACUGCUUUAUUUUUGUGUGUGAUAUUGGCUGUGAAUUUCUGUGUGUAGGCUCCUUUUUGUUUCAUUUAGAUAAACCAGUUUGAUGUCCUUGUCUAAACAUGUCCACAUAAAAUCACUGUGAAAAAAGUGAGAUCUUCCACUGUCUGAAGCAACAGGGAGUGGACUAUUGUAGGUGCUUUGUGUUGUGUAAUAAAUGGACACACCACCACCACA